GGCUCAAGCUGUCUGUGGGCUCCCAGCGGAGGCGGCAGCAGUUUAGAUUGCCUGCUGGCCGCAUCUCCAGGCGCGGGAGCCCGUUGUAGCGUUCUGUGGUCGGCCUCUUCGCGGACGGCAGAUCGAGGCGGCUGCCGCGUUCGGCCGGGCACCCCACGGCCCUGGGCGCUGCCGCGGCCCCGCAGGGGCGCCGGCAUGGAGGAGGACCCUCCAGAAGGGGAGAGUGGCCAAGCACAGGACGCAGAUGAUGCCGACCAGUCGAUGCACCGUUACAGGGGGCACAUCAAGAGCACCGGCGACGAGUACGGCUUCAUCGAGUGCGACGAGACGAAGCAGCAGUUCUCCCGCGACGUUCACAUAAGGCGGGCUGACGUGCCGCCAGGCGCUUGGCAGACGCUCCAGGUCGUAACCUUCUGCGUCGUGACCAGCGACAAGGGGCGCCCGCAGGCGCGAGACGUCGAGGCCGUCGAGGGGGAGGUGGUCGCCGAGGGCGCCGAGCCCGCGGGCACGGAGGUGCCGCCGCCAGGCGACGCCCGGGCUCCGAGCAGGCCGACGCCCCUGCGCCUGGAGGAGACCACGCCCGCCUCCGGCUCGGAGGAGGGCGGCGCGGCGCUGCAGCGCACGCUCAGCACGCAGUCCCGGGACGACAGCCCGCUGCGCCGCACGAGCAGCCUGCGCUCGCAGCCAGAGUCGCCCUGGGCCGACGUGGUCGACGAUCUGGAGGACGGCGACGGACGACGGACGACGGCCAUGCCCCUGGGCGCUCCUGGCAGGCGCUCCCGGAGGAGAAAGAACAAGAAGGGCUCCGCCGACGGCAGCCGGGAGCUGCUGCAGCAGCCCGUCCCUGAGGAGGACGAGGAGGAGGCUGACGGGCCGCGGCCAGAGAGGCGGCAGCCCGCGCGGGCAGCCUCGCCCGUGGCGCCGCUGCGGCGGGAGAAAGAUGACGGCGGCACCCCUGCGUCAACCUCGUCGAGGACGCCCCGACGAGGGCUCGUGCUGAGCAGCGUGCGGCGAGCCGAGGCGGAUCCCGACGAGCUCCCCGCCGGAGGCGGGCCCGCACGACGCCGGGAGGAGCGCCUGGAGGACCUGCCGGACCCUUGCCUGCGCACGCCCUCGCUGUCGCCGUCGCCCGACGACCGCCUCGUAAUGCAAGGGUCGCGCCAGCUGUCGCACCAGUCGCCGGGCAUGGGCCCGGCGACGCCGAUCCCGGGCCUCGCGGCGGGCCUCUCGCCGGCCGCGGGGCCGCUGCCGCCGCCGCUCGGGACCUCCCCGCUGAUGGCGCCCAGGGCGCCGCCGAGCGGUAUGGACUUGCCGCCGCGGGCCCCGGACGCGCUGGCGCGCCAGAGGGUGCCGGGGAAGGUGGAGGUCGGGGCGCUGUGGAGCUCGAUCGACCUCGUGCGCGCCCUGUGCUUCCGGCGCACCCGGAGGUUCAUCCUCGACAUCGAGGGGGAGAUGUUGCGGCUGCUGUCCGCGCCGCCGGGGGCCUACAUGCGGUUCCCAGCCCUGGGCGGGCACUACCGGUCCCUGCUCACCGCGCAGUGCGCUCGCUUCCAGAUGCACGAGACCCACGUGCCGUGCGGGGACCGGGUGGAGGUGUGCGUCAGCACCACCGCCUCCAGCAGGGCCCCGCUGCCCGCCGCGGCGCUCGUGCUCGGGACCUGGGCGGGCACCGUCCCCUGGGAGUGGACGCACGGCGAGCCCAUCGGGAAGCCGCUCUCGCCCAUGGAGCCGCUCACCCUGAGGAUACCGUGCAGCACAGGGUUCACGCCCUACACCCAGACCAUCGUCGGCAUGGACGAGGACGGUGACGCCGUGGCGCGGUCUGCCGUCCAAGCUGCUGGUCCCUCCAACGGACCUGGCGGUGGUAUAGUCAUCUCCGAGCUGCCACUGCCCAACGGCCAGUGGGAGCUGAUGGAGCCGAAGGCGUGCUCCGACAGAACCGACUUGGGCGGUUUUGUUCUCACCUUCUCCGUGGAGCGCGCGGCGUCUCCGGGGGUGGCCGUGGCGGUGUGCGCCAACUACGACGCCUCCCAGCGACCCUUGUCGCGACUGUUGAGCUGCUCCACGCCGCUCCUGGAGGAAAGGCACGAGGUGAAGGGGGAGAGAGACUUCUGCAUCGUUGAGCUGGAGCCCAAGCCGUCCAUGGGCCGGUGGAGCGUCCGAUUCGGCCACGCCGAGCAGGCGAACGCUGGGCAGAUGCAGAGGUGUGAGACGUCGUUCUCGGAGCACAGCCAGACCACAGAGACCUUCUGGGUCGCGACCUGGAUGUGCGACGACGGCCUGCGGGUCGAGGUGGGGCGCGAGCGCUUCCCGUGGUGCCGCCUCCUGCGUGCGACCCUGAAGCACCCGUCGUGCCAGUCCUACUGCCAGGCCGCCCUCGCCACGCUCGGCUCCGCCGAGCCGGGCGCCGGAGGCAGCUUCCACGGCCACCAGAGCCUGCGCAACGUCACCAUGGAAUCCAGCGUGUGCCCCGACCAGGCCACGAGAGAUCACAUCGUCCGAGUGGUCUGGCCCCCGAACGGCCAGCCAGAGCCGAGCGAGCGGCCCACCGCCGACGGCGUCGUCGCGAUGCUGGACAGCGGCAUCGCGGUGUGCAGCAGCUCGCUGGCGGCGCGCAAGCUGGCGGAGGACGCCGCUGCUCAGGGCUGGCAGGUUGCGUGCCUCGCCACCGCUCCGCUCGACAACGUCGGGGAGGACCCGGCCAGGGGCGUCGGCACGGGGGUCGACGAGGUGCUCUCCCAGCGGGCGGAGGCCGUGGCGACCCUCGAGCCGACCGUGGCGCUCGACCUGGGCCUCACGGACUGGGCCCGCGCGAGCACCGCCUGCAGCGGGCUCGCCCAGGUUGACGGCCCCGCGAUGGUGCCUGGGAUGGGAAUGAACGGGUGGGCGCACAUGAACGGCAUGCCCAACGGCAACAUGAACGGCAUGCCCCACGGCAUGCUCGUCGGCGUGCCGCAUGGCAUGAGCGGCGUGCCAGGCAGACCCUCGGUGGGCGCUGCUGAGGCGUCGGGGUGCUUCUCGCCGAUGGCGGCCUCCCCUCCCAGGGCCGUGGCGGAGGGCGGGCUUUCCGCCGAGGCCCCAGUCUUCGUUCCCGGCUCGCCAGCUGCCGCGAUGGACGCUCCAGUCGCGAGCGGGUGUGGCGGCCCAGGCGGCUUCAGCGCCUGGCGCGAGGACGACCACGGCGCCUGGCAGGGCGGCUGCGGGGGGCCUGGGAUGUCCCACGAGGCCUCGGUCUUCAUGCCCAUGGGGCAGCAGGGGCACGACGAGAGCUGGGGCUACGAAUGGUCCCCCGAGUGGGGAGACCCUAGCGCCUACGCCGACUGGGCGCCCGGCGCAGAGGACGACGUCGACUGGGAGCAGGAGGAGUAUUGGGCAGGCCUUGCCGAGGGCGGGAAGACACGGCCCAGCCGUGCUUCCCGGAAGGAGCGCGACGCCAAGGGCGGCAAGGGCGGCAAAAGUGCUGACGGCAAGGGCGCCAAAGGCGGCAAGGGCGCGAAGGGCGCAAAGGGUGAGCACAAGGGCGGCCCAAAGGGCGACAAGGGUAAGGGGGGCUUCAGGGAGCGCUACGAUGCCGAGAGCAGCGCGAAAGGUGGCUGGAGGGGCCAUGGUGCCGACUGGGAGGAGCCAGACGAGAGGAGAUGGGCCGCAGACCCGCUCAACUGGGGCGGCGGGGACGACAGGGGCAAGGGCAAGGCCGACGGGCGGGACGAGCCCCGCGGCCGUUGGAGGGACAACGGCAGACGCGGCGGGGAUCCUCCGGCCAAGAAGUGGCUGGACGAUGAGCGGGGUAAGGACGACGACUGGCGCAAGGAGUGGGAGUGGAACGAGGACGACUGGGACUGGCGGGGCAGCCGCCGGGACCGCUGGAGGAACGCCGCCGCGGCCGGCGGCGGUGACCAGCAGCCGCGGCCAGCGGACCACAGGCCCUCGAAGCGCCUGGGCCGCUACGGCGAGCGGCUGCCCGCGCCCGAGGACGAGCCUGUGGCGGGCCACCGCCCGCCCAUGCGCAGGAGGCGAGUGGCGGCAAGCGAGGGCUCGAACUCCGAGUCCAGCUCCGAGUCCGAGGGCCCGAGAGGUGGUGGCGGCAAGGGCAAGUCACAGAAGGCCUCCGUCGACUCCGGCCCCGUCCUGAGCCACCUGCUGCCGGGAAAGAAGGGCCGCGGCAAAGGCAGCAGAAGGGCCAGGUCCAGCUCUGCGGGUUCGCGCGACCGCUGACCGUAGCCGGAGGGUAGGCGCGGCCGCCAGUGCCGGAGACGUUCGCGGCCUCGCGAGCUCGGGGAGGAGACUUGAGCGCCACUUCAUGUAUAUAUUUCCCGGGGCCGCGAUCGAGAUCCCACGCGAGUAGCCAAGGGCGGGGGA